UAUUAACUCGUAUGAGUAUGACAUGCAUUGGGUCCACGACGAGACUUCCUUGGCAAGGUCGUCAUCUUGGAGAUUGCUAUGGUAACCGCUCCGCCCGCGGGGCGGCUUCUCCCUGCCUGAGGCCUAUACCAUUCCGGAAACGGCAAAACCCAAACGAGCGUCACUGGCCGACCGCCAUGUGAAGCCCGAGUCUAUCUUCAGGUUCGAUUGCAAACGCUUGCGUUUGUUAUUAGACCUCCUUUUGCUUCAGUUGUUGUUUUGGAGAUACCAGGGCCUCUUUGUUCGCCCCCCUUGCGCUCAUUACUGCAUGUUUCUCUCUUUCAGUUUCCAUCGCAGGGACCCCUCUCCAGUGAACUAACUCUCGGCUGUUUACCCCCUGAUCGAAAGGAGUGUCAAUGUGCCUGUCAACCUUGAGUGGAUACUGAUCCCUUUAUAUUCAAGUCUCUUAUUUCGCAAGAAGGGAAGGCACCACUUGCUCCCUGCGCCGGGUCACAGCGUCUUGUCUCUAUCCCUUUUUGAACACCAUUUCGGAUCGCAUUCCCUCCGGCAGUGGUGCACUUGUCUUUAUUGAAGGAACAUAGUUUGGAUAUGUCCUUGGACCCUCGGUUUUACCACCACAUCGGUCAUGGCUAUGGGCCUGGAUCACAAUCAUCCGCCUCGUCUUCCGACAUCUCCGCCCUAACGAGCAUCACCAGCCCAUCAAUCCGAUCGACGACUGCUUCCGCGGCCGCACUACGGUCGAACGCUUCCAGCCCUUCUUUGCGCGCAAGGGAAGGCGGGACCAUGCUCGGCACCUAUCGAGAUGGCGUCACGAGCCCGUCUCCUGGUGGUAAUGUCCGUGUCGUGGUUCGGGUCAGGAAGUUCCUGCCCAGAGAACUUGAGCGCAAUGCGGAGUGCUUGAUUACCAUGGACCCCCGGACGCAGACGACCAAACUACGGGCGCCCAAACUUGACGCGGAAGACGAAGGGAAGCCGAAGUCGCAAGCACGGGGGAAGGUACUGGAGGAUAAAUCAUUCAUCUUCGACAACUCGUUCUGGUCUCACGAUACCGAUGACGAUCAUUAUGCGCACCAAGAGGAUGUGUACAACUGCCUGGGAGAAGAAUUUCUCGAUCACAACUUCGAAGGAUACCACACCUGUAUAUUCGCCUAUGGUCAGACAGGUUCCGGCAAGAGUUACACGAUGAUGGGCACUCCGGACCAGCCGGGCUUAAUUCCACGGACCUGCGAGGAUCUGUUUCAGCGCAUCGAGGGCGUUCAGUCGCCCGAUAUCAGCUUCAACGUCCGCGUAUCCUAUUUCGAGGUUUACAACGAACAUGUGCGCGACUUGCUGGUGCCUCGGACCGAUCCGCCCCAUUAUCUUCGGAUCCGCGAGUCACCCUCUGAAGGUCCCUACGUGAAAGACUUGACUGAGGCAACGGUUAAAAACUUCGCUGAACUUAUGAAAUACAUGCGCAAAGGUGAUGUUUCCCGCACGGUAGCGAGCACCAAGAUGAACGAUACCUCGUCCCGCUCCCAUGCCGUCUUCACAAUCACCCUGAAACAGAUCCACCAUGACCUCUCAACCGACGAGACGACGGAACGCACCGCACGAAUCCGUCUGGUUGACCUGGCAGGAUCGGAACGAGCGAAGUCUACGGAGGCGACCGGGCAACGACUACGCGAAGGAUCGAACAUCAACAAAUCGCUCACGACAUUGGGUCGAGUUAUUGCCGCCUUGGCAGAUCCAAAGGCAGGCCGGUCCGGCAAGCGGAAGGGCAAGGACGUUGUUCCCUAUCGCGACUCCAUCCUCACCUGGUUACUCAAAGACAGUUUAGGGGGCAACUCGAAGACCGCCAUGAUUGCCUGUAUUUCCCCGUCAGACUACGAAGAGACACUAUCUACCCUCCGCUAUGCAGACCAAGCGAAACGUAUCCGUACUCGUGCUCGGGUUAAUCAAGACCAUUUAUCUGCUGCUGAGCGCGACAAACAGAUUGCAGAAAUGGCGGAGACGAUCCGGACGCUGCAACUCAGUGUCAGUUUAGCGACGGCCAACCGUCGAGAAAGUGAGAAUCAGAAUGAGAAACUGGAGGAGUAUCAGCAAAAGGUGGAGAAGUUGCAGCGAUUAAUGGAGGAGACGAAGAUGGUCAGUGAAUGCAAGAUCAAGCAGCUGCAGACAGAAAAUGAGGCACUUCGCAAUCACCUCAAGUUGGCUCUCGAUAGUUUGAGAAAUCCGAUCCCACCUGUGACCGUUGAGAAACGUCGAGGGGGUCUUUCGCCUGUGACUGAAUACAAUAAGGAAAACCGCCCCGGAUCACCAAUUUCAGAUGUGGAACCCGAGCCAGACCUGAUCUGGGAAGAUGAGGACACGAUCCGGAUUAAGGGUCGCGAACUUGAGGCUCAUGACAUGCAGGCUGAUAUGGAGGAUCUGCUCAUGGAUAUCAACCUGUUCAAGCGUAAGUUGGCCUCCGAUCAUGAGCGAUUCCGAGCGUGCCAGAAACAGGGAGAUCAGAAACGACGACGAGCGCUAGGAGAAGUUUGGACGAAUAAUCGAUGACGACGGACGGCUCGGCCUGCAGGGUGGCUUUCUGAUUGACGGGCGCUGCGGAAUUUUGGGUGUUUGGGUUACUACUGGGUUCUGGUGGCAGAGUGCUUUUCGUACAUGCUUUUUGUUCAUGAUAUCUGGAUCUUCUUUUCGUGUUGGGCGGAUAUUUUGGGAUUUUCUUUCGUUGUCUAUUCUUUAUGGUUUCUAUUUUCUUCCUGGUAUGCUUCCUUUAAUUCCGCGAUGAAUGACGAGUUCUAGGGUGUGACGCAUGAUUGAAUGAUUGACUUGAUAUGGAGAAUAUGUCCGAUAUUGGUUAUGAUUCAAUAGAAUCCGUAUGGAAUAUGAAACUACCUAUGGAUGUAUGUAAAGAGUGCCAACAGAUACUAGUCUAGUUAUAGUACAGGAAAGGCUAAAUCACUACACAGUGUGGACGAGACUAGGGCUGCAUUAGUGCUAGUGCCG